AUGUCUUCCACGACGGCUGUCUCCGACACCAAGUCCGCUUCUCCGACCAAGACUGACGCCGCUGGCACGAAGUCCACCCUCACCCCGAAGGAAGAGGAGCUUUUCAAGGUCGCCAUGCUCUUCUGCCUCAAGUCCGGCGCACCUGAGAUCGACAUCGACAAGUUCAUCACCCACGGCGAGUUCAAGACCAAGAAGACCGCGCAGAACACCUGGGCACGCAUCAAAUCCAAGAUGUUCCCAAAGAAGGAGACCGCCGAAGGUGAAGGUGAAGACGGUGCUGCCACCCCGAAGACCACGAAGACCCCGCAGACCCCAAAGACUCCAAGCACUCCGAAGACCACGAAGACCUCCAAGGCUCUCACUACUCCCAACGCUCCGAAUGGCGGUCCCUCCACCCCGCUUAAGCGUACCAGCAGCGACGAUCUUGUCGACGACGAGGAGGAGGUUUAUGAGGAGGGGUCUGACGCCGGGUCUCCGAAGAAGAAGCCGCGUACGAUGACGAUGAAGCAGCGUGCUGCCGCCAGGGCCUUCGCGAUUGUGGCUGCUGAGAUAGCCGAGGCCGUCAAGGGCGACGGCAUCAAGCGCGAGGAGGCUGAUGAAGAGUAG